AUGGACAACCUCAUCCAUUUAGGCUUCAGCAAGACUCUUCAAGGUGGGAAGGAGGCGAAUAGCGGCCAGCGCUUCGGUCGAAUGCUGUGCCUGAAUGCCGGCUCUUCGUCGCUCAAAUUCAAGCUGUUCGAUGUGUCGACCUAUCGACCGGAUUCGAUCGCUUUGAUCGGUGGGUCGAUCAAACUUGACUCGUCCUCGGACACUGCGCGAGUCGACAUGUUCUGCUCUUCCAACGACAAGCACCACAGCGAUACGAAGGAGUGGAGCGAGAUCGCUUCGGGCGAAGUGCUCGCUUACCUUUUCUCGACAAUGGCCGAUCUACUCGGUGAGGGUCUGGGUAUUAUGACGGUGGUACACAGAAUCGUGCAUGGCGCACACCUGGACCAGUGUGUUUCGAUCACGCGUGACGACCAACACCACCUCCACACGUUGCAGUUCCUCGCCGAAUUCGCGCCGUUGCACAACGCUGUCAGCGUUCAACUGAUCAAGGUCUGUCUCAACUCGACGGAGCUGAAUCGGAAGCAUACGAAUGUGUGCUGUUUCGACACCAACUUCCACCGGUCGAUGGAUGAGGUGAAGAGCGGAUACAUGGUCGAUCCCAAUCUGGCAGGCGAGCGACUUCCUGGAGGGAUGAAGUUGCGCAAAUGGGGAUUCCACGGGCUGUCGUACGCCUCGGUUCUCAGCACGGUCUCUCGAUCGAUCAACAAAGAUGCGCACAAUCUCAACUUGAUCAUGCUCCAUUUAGGCAGUGGAAGUUCGAUCUGCAGUGUGGUACGGGGUCGAAGCUUCGAUACAUCGAUGGGCUUGACUCCGUUGGAAGGAUUGCCGGGUGGCACGAGGAGCGGCUCGGUAGAUCCGGUGUUAGCUCUCCACCUGUCAAGCGCAACGCUCCCUGGAGGAAAGGACGGAACGGUGGAGAUCGCCGAUGGAAUUCGGGUGUCGAGAGCAGAGGUGGUGUUGAACAAGCACAGUGGGUUCAAAGCGGUAGCCGGAAGUAGUGAUUUUGCCGAGAUCGUUCAGAGGAGGAACGAAUUUUUACAAGGCAGAACGAUGGGCAAACACAAAGAAGAGGAGAGGAGUAAGGACAGAUCGGCAGUAUUGGCGUUUGAUAUGUUUGUUGAUCGGAUCGUGGGCUUCAUUGGGGCGUAUGUGUUGAAGAUGUGCAGUGCGGGUGGCGUGGACGCGGUGGUGUUGGCGGGCGGAAUCGGGGAGAAGAGUCACGAGUUGUGGGCAGAGUUGGCGAGCAAGGUAGAGUUGAGCAGUGUAAGCGUUUCUGGCGAGAGCGUGGUACGAGCGAAGGAAGAUGAAAGCAAGUGUUGGCAGUUGAAGAGAGAGGAGUUGAGGUUGGAACAGACAAAUAGGACCACGGCGAUGGGUCAGUGUGUGCCUUGGUUGGUGUGUAGGACGGACGAAGAGGGGGAGAUGGCCAAGGAGGUGAUUGAUGCUUGGGUUCGUGGUAAGCAGUAG